AACGUCUUGGCUGCUCCUGCGAGCGAACUGCGCUGCUGCAAGGGAGCGAGGAGCCCUCCCGCCCGGCCGUCCGCCAUAUUGGUGCCCGCGCCGCAGCUAUUGCGUGUUUGUCCCUGCAGCGCCAACGGAGCCUGCCCUGGGGCGGCCCAGCGUAACAGGGAGGAGCCCCCUUCCCCAGCCCGUCUCCUCGCCAGCCCUCCGCCACCGCCCGCCAUGGCGACGAGGCCUGUUGGCUCCUGAAGGAAACCGGCCGCCGUUACCACAGCAGGGAACAAACCAGCCCCCCCCCCCUUCAGCUCGUCUCCUGCCGCCGCAACAUGGAGGCCGUGAAAGCUUUUAAUAGCGAGUUGUACUCGCUGAAUGACUACAAACCUCCAAUUUCGAAAGCUAAAAUGACACAAAUUACCAAGGCAGCAAUCAAGGCUAUAAAGUUCUACAAGCAUGUUGUACAGAGCGUUGAAAAAUUCAUUCAAAAGUGUAAACCGGAAUACAAGGUGCCUGGCUUGUAUGUCAUUGAUUCUAUUGUUCGCCAGUCUCGACAUCAGUUUGGGCAAGAAAAGGAUGUGUUUGCUCCUAGAUUCAGCAAUAACAUCAUUAGCACCUUCCAGAACCUAUAUCGUUGCCCUGGGGAUGAUAAGAGUAAAAUCGUUAGAGUACUGAAUUUAUGGCAGAAGAAUAAUGUGUUCAAGAGUGAAAUUAUUCAGCCUCUACUGGAUAUGGCUGCAGGAAUUCCUCCUCCAGUUAUGACCCCGGUUUUGCCUAGCACAACAGCUACUAUGAGUAACAAUACACCAGGCACUCCUGUGACACCUGCUACACCAGCCAAUGUGGUCCAAAGCUUACCUGAUCCUUGGGUCUCUCAGAUAACUAAUACAGACACCCUUGCUGCUGUAGCACAGAUUCUCCAGAGUCCACAAGGCCAACAGCUUCAGCAGUUAAUACAGACGCUGCAAAUGCAGCAACAGAAGCCACAACCAUCUCUGCUCCAGGCAUUGGAUGCCGGUCUUGUUGUUCAGUUACAAGCCCUCACUGCACAACUUACAGCCGCCGCUGCUGCUGCCAAUACACUUAAUCCACUAGAACAAAGUGUCUCUUUUAACAAGAAGCUGAUGGACAGGUUUGGGGAUUUUGGGGAAGAAGCUGACAUUAAUGAAGAGCCUAAAAAAGAAACCCCAGCUUCCCAGCUGCCUCUUGUAUCGGAGUCAGUGAACAACUCACUUUUUCAUCAGCUAGCUGAACAAUUACAGCAACAAAACCUAGAACAUCUCCGCCAACAGCUUCUAGAGCAGCAACCUACGAAGGCAAGCCCUGAGGAAACUCAAGAAGGGAAUUUUGGCUCUGAACAUUCUGCCUCACCUUCACAAGAUAGUAAUCACCAGCAGUUCAUAGAAGUGGAAACGAACCUUGAAAAUGCAAUUGAUGUUCAACAACAGGACAUGGAUAUAGAUGAAGGGCAAGAAAUUGUCGAACAGGAGGCCUUCGAACAAGAGGAAAAGAAAUCAGCAGUUCUUUCAAGAUCAAGAACACGUUCAAGAUCUCGUUCAAGGUCCCCAAGAAAAAGAAGAUCCAGAUCACGAUCUGGCUCUCGAAAGCGUAAACAUAGAAAACGUUCACGUUCUAGAUCAAGAGAAAGAAAAAGGAAAUCCUCAAGGUCAUACUCCAGUGAAAGAAGAGCUAGAGAAAGGGAGAAAGAACGACAGAAAAAGGGAUUACCUCCCAUACGAUCCAAAACACUAAGUGUCUGCAGUACUACACUUUGGGUUGGCCAAGUGGACAAAAAAGCCACACAGCAAGAUUUAACAAAUUUAUUUGAGGAAUUUGGACAAAUAGAAUCUAUAAAUAUGAUUCCUCCCAGAGGUUGUGCAUAUGUUUGCAUGGUUCAUAGACAAGAUGCAUAUCGUGCUCUUCAGAAAUUAAGCUCUGGAUCUUACAAGAUUGGAUCAAAAGUUAUCAAGAUUGCAUGGGCUUUAAAUAAAGGGGUGAAAACAGAAUACAAACAAUUCUGGGAUGUAGAUCUUGGAGUUUCAUAUAUACCUUGGGAAAAGGUUAAACUGGAUGACUUAGAUGGCUUUGCGGAAGGAGGCAUGAUUGACCAGGAAACAGUAAAUAAUGAAUGGGAAACAGCAAGAAGCACAGAGAUUGUAAAAGAGCCUGUACAAACCACCCAGAGUACAACAGCUGAAACAACCACAGUUGUCACAACACAAACAGAAACAUACACACAGUCCGUUGCUAUGUUACAGAUUCCUGUGGCUCCAGCUGUGCCUACUGUUAGUUUAGUCCCUCCAGCAUUUCCUGUUACGAUGCCUGUACCCCCUCCUGGUUAUAGUUCAAUUCCUCCACCUCCCUUCUUGAGAGCAAGCUUCAAUCCUUCACAACCGCCUCCUGGGUACAUGCCACCUCCUGUUCCACCUCCAGUUCCACCUCCGGUUGUUGCGCCAGUAGUCCCAACAUCUCUUGUACAGUCUUCACUACCAAUUGCUCAAGAGUCAAUGAAAGAGGUUCCUUUCAGCAACCUUGUUCUACCAGUUGGCACUAUUUCUAGCAGUCUUACCACCUCAACAUUAUCUGCUGGAAGUGUUUUUACUCCUGUUUCAAGUAACAAGUCAGAAUUGGAUGAAAAAGAUUCACACCUUGCAGAUCUUCAGAUUUCAUCCAGUGAAAACAGAGCCGCUCUUGAUGACGUUUCAAGCACUUCUGGACUUAUUGGGGGACUACAGCCACCCAGUGUCUCAACCAGUUCUGGGCUUGUGCUUGGAGUGCAGCCACCCAGUGUCUCAAAUAGCUCAGGGCUCGUGCAGCCUAAUGUCUCAAGUAGCUCGGGACUUUUGACAAGAGUUCAGCCACCUAGUGCUUCAAGCAACUCCGGGCUUCUUACGGGUAUUCAGCCACCCAGUGUCUCAAGCAGCUCCGGGCUUCUUACAGGACUCCAGCCCAUGAAUGUCUCAAGCAGCUCUAGCCUUCUCAUGGGACUCCAGCCUCCCAUAGUGUCAAGUAGUUCUGGACUUUUGACAGGAGUCCAGCCACCUUUAGUGUCAAGUAGUUCUGGGCUUCUGUCAGCACUCCAGCCACCCAUUGUGUCAAGUAACACAGGGAUUCUGGGAUUACCACCACCAAUGGUCUCAAGUAGUUCUGGACUAUUAGGUGUACCACCACCAAAUAUUUCAAGUGGUUCGGGACUUCUAGGGCUACAGCCACCCACUGGGCUUCAAAACAUACCCCAUUUAGGUAUUGCAAGUCAAAGGUUGCCCGGAAUGCCUUUGGUAGAUAUCCGGUCAGGACUAAUGCCACAGCCACAUGGGCCAAGAUUUCCACUGCUGCAACCUGGCAUGCCACCACAGCGUAAUAUUCCUCCUCCAGCAAUCCUUGACCCAUCGCUUCCUCCUCCACCUAGAGCGUUCCUUCCAGGAGAUCUUUUUAAUCAAACUGAGAGGCCUUUUGGAACUUCUGGUAGGCAAAGCAUUGAUAAUAUUUCUAAUCCAGAUAAAAGGUUAUCACUUGGAGAUGACAGCAUUCAGCAGGAAGGAGACAGAGAUUAUCGCUUUCCUCCUGUGGAAAACAGAGAAAACCUUAAUCGUCCAUCUUCAGUGGAUAUUAGGGAUCCCAUGGGACGGCCACCACUGGAUCCAAGAGAAAAUCUAGGAAGGCCUCCAGUAGAUGGAAGAGAUCAUCUUGCCAGGCCACACAUAGAUUUAAGAGAGAACUUUGGAAGACCAGGUAUAGAUACUCUUGGCCGUAGAGAGCAUUUUGCUUACAAUUCUGAUAAGCACUGGGGACAAAGAGGAGAUUAUGAUGAAAGAGAGCAUCAUUCUUUUCCUACAUAUGGUGGUCUUAAAGGCUUCCAGGAAGAUCGAGAGAGAUAUCGACAAACAAACUUCAGAUUUGAAACUCGAAGUGGCCCUACCUGGAACAGGGGCCUGGAACAGGAUGCUCACAGAGACUUUGAUGACCGCCGUAGACCCUGGGAAAGGCAAAGGGACAGGGAUGACAGAGAUUUUAAUUUUGGCAGAGAAAUCAAUGGAAACAGAUUUGGGAGAGAGAGAUUACAGAAUAACUGGAUACCCCCUCCACACCCAAGAGCAUUUGAAUAUUUUGAAGGGGGCAGUUCUCAACCAAAAGCUGAUAGCGUGCCCCAAGUAAAUGGUGAAAACACAGAGACAGAGAGCCAGCCACCUGAUGUGCAAGCACAGGAUGAAUCGGAACUUUAUGAAAAGCUGGCUACUUCAAGUGACAUAAAAAAAGAGAAGAGUGACACAGAAGCUGAAUUAGAAAGUGAACCAGUGGUAGAAAGCACAGAAACUGAGGGGACAUAAUCAUCACUCAGUAGGCAAUAUGAUGAAGGAUGUUGUGGCAACUGACCGUGUGCUGGGCUCAGCAGAGUUAAAUGAGAAGUGCUUCUGUGUUCUAAAGGCCAUCCCAUCGAAUCUUGGUUGUGGAGUAUUAGAAGGAAGGAACCUGACAUUACAUGUUGAGAAGGCGUUUUGUGUCAGUACACACUUUCCGAUGAACACCAGGGAUUAUAAACGUACCUACCAGUAUUACCUGUCUGGAGCAGGGGUUAAUUUUAUAAAUUGAAACCAAUAAACUCUGUGAGUUUUUUUAAAGACCUUUUUUCUGCUCAGAUGAACAGGGGUUUUUGUUUUGCAUCCAACACAGAGAAAGGCUCUUCUGCAGGACCAGAAGAUAACACUGGAUUGUAAAUUAUAACAAGUCCCACUUGAAUCUUGUAAUACAAGGACAGAUGGCAAGAAAAGACAUUUUGUGGAAAAGAUGUUUCCUUUCAAGAUUAAAGCUUUCAAAAUGCAUUUUUAGGUGGCUCCAUUUGAUGUUACACUACAUGUGCCGUCAUUGUGUAGACCUUGAAUAGUGACUGGUGCUGCAAGUUCUAGAUAUUCUAGUGCAGCACUAGAGUAGCAUCAAGCUUUGUUAUGCCAGUACUUGUCAGUAGACCACAUCUUUAAUCUCUUAAUGGGUCUAGGAGAGAUAUGAACAUGUUCAGGGUGACAAACCCUACAAUCAUCAAUACCACGAGAAUUGGAAAUCAAAGUAUCAGUGCCAAGAUUUGUCCAGACUCAUCCUGUUGUUUUUGUUCCAAAUGAAUUCCUAGAAAGCAAAAAGAAAAAUUAUGAUGAGAUGAAAAAUUACAGUCAAUUAGUUUUAACAUUCAUCGAGCAGACAGGAUUUUGCAUCUUCCUAAUUAAGGCAAUAGCCUUUCUAAGUUCCCAAAGAAAAAUUCUAUGUUUCAGGGGUGAACAUGUGGACUUGGUUUACUGAGCAGCUGUGGAACAAAAGAGAAAUGUGGUCACACGCCAUAUGUGAAAUGGUUGUUUUUGUCUCUCUGCUGUUUAUGUUUUGCUCUAUCUGAAUUAAAGAGCCAGUCACUUGGAA